AUGAAGAAAAAAGUGGACAGCAGAAUAAAAACGCUGGUGGAGAACAAUGUGCUGCUAGGGCAGAGAACCAUGUUUCUGGUUAUAGGAGACCAAGGGAAAAACAUAGUUGUGAAUUUUUACUUCCUUCUGAACAGAUUGUCUAGUGGAACCCACAGCAUACUGUGGUGCUACAAAAAAAAGCUAGAUUUUUCUACAAGCAAGAAAAAAAGGUUUCGUGAAAUGAAGAAGAAAAUAAAGAAAGGAACAUUUGAUACAACGAUCGAUAACAAUUUUGAUGCGUUUUUAAAAAGUGCCAACAUUAGAUUCUGUUUUUAUAAUGAAACAAAAAAGGUGUUGGGGAAAACCUAUUCUAUAUGUGUUAUGCAAGACUUCUCCUACAUAACACCAAAUAUCUUGUGUAGAUGUAUAGAAACCGUAGUUGGAGGAGGAAUCAUUAUUUUUCUCAUAAACAAGUUAGAUGAUUUGAAAGAUAUUUACAAUUUAACUUUAAAUUGUCACAAAAAAUACACGCAAAGCGGAAUUUCUAAUGUAUAUAAUAAUUAUAUCACUAGAUUUUUUCUUUCUCUUAACGAGUGCCACAAUGCAAUGUUCAUUGAUGAUGAAAUGAAUAUACUUCCCCUGAAUGAGAACCAUUUGCACAUCAAAAAAUUGUCAGCAACGGGUUCUACUCCAGAAGAAAAAAAUACCAACGCACAAAAUAGUGAUCCCAUCCAUGUUAGAUGUGAGAAGAACCAUAAGGAGGAAAAUUAUGGAAUCACACAACUGUGCCAUGACAACAAUCAAGUGAAGUCUAGAAGUAAAUUGUCAAACACAUUGGGGGGAUAUCUCUCCCCAGAUACACAAGAAUUGGAACAAAAACUUAGCUUUCUCGAAUCUGUGUGUGAAGAGAAUGAGAAAAGGGAAGAAGAAAGUAGGAUGUUUCUCCAUUCCUCUCGCUUUUAUGAUGGAAAACUUAGCAAUAAGAGGAAUCGAUCAGCUGGUGAAGAAGCAGAACUGGGGAAAGAUCCUGGGGAGGUUCCCCCCUCUUGUGUUUUACUGAAGGGGAAGGAAGAAACCAAUAUGUACUCAUUUCUGAACAAAAGAAUCAUGAACCUCUUACGAAUUUGCCUGAGCAUCGAUCAGCUUAACAUCUUGGUGAAUAUGUGCAAGAUAUUAAGAAAUGAUGAGGAAAAAAAAAAAAACAUAAAAGAAAUUUUAUUGAAUCUCUUGGCAAAUAGAGGAAGAGGAAAAUCAGCUACUUUAGGAUUACUAAUCGCAUUAAGUAUCUAUUUUAAAUACACAAAUAUUAUUUUAUGUUCAGGUAAUAGCGAGGGGAUGCAAACAAUUUAUGAAUUCAUUGAUAAAGGCCUUGAACUUCUUGGAUACAAAGAAUUUCUACAUUUUGAAAAAGUUUACGAAUUAGGAAAAUUAAAAGAAAUAAUUAUUUUCAAAGAUUUAAGCAAUAUAACACAUAUAAAACAAAGAAUACGUUAUUUCAACAUUUUAGAAGAUGAAAUUGUUAAUUCUGAACUCAUGAUAAUUGAUGAAGCAGCAUGUAUACCUAUAGAUAUAUUAAAACAUAAAAUAAAAGGGGAAAUUACAAUAUUGUCUACAACUCUAAAUGGUUAUGAAGGAACAGGAAAAACUUUUAUUUUUAAAUUACUUAAACAAUUGAAAAAAAAAUUUGUCACACAAUUGACGUAUAGUGAAUUCCAACAAAUGAAAUAUCUCUAUUUUGAUAAAGCAUUUAUUGAUGUCAGUCUCAACACACCAAUACGUUAUAGUUACAAUGAUAAAGUAGAAGCAUGGCUUAAUAAUUUCCUUUGUCUAAAUUGUAAUGAAACAUAUAAAUUGAAUCAUGCACUAUGUGCUCCAUCCAAUUGUCAAUUAUAUUUUGUUAAUAAAAAUGUUUUUAAAAGUUUUAGCAAAACUAGUGAACUUCUGUUGAAAAAAAUUAUGACUUUAUUUGUUACAUCACAUUAUAAAAAUACACCAAAUGAUUUAAUCAUGAUUCUAGAUUCACAGCAGCACCAUUUGUUCGUGCUUAUAAGUGGUCUCGUAGAUCCAGUUGAUAUAUCUCCAGAUGCAGUUGAUCAAAUAGAUAUUUACGGAGUCAUUCAUUGUGCAAUUGAUGGUAUUGUCUACCCUCAGAAGGUGAAGAAGUUGGUAAAGCUCGAGAACAUUGCAGAACUUGUGCGAUCCAGCCAUGCGCAUCAGAGGGAGAAUGGUGUCAAAAAUGGAAGUGCCCAGAAAAAUCACCUCCAAAAUGGGCAGGAAAAAUACCACCAAAAUGGGCAGGAAAACAUUUCCAUGAAAAAUGAAAAAGCAAAAAAAGAACCUGUACACCCAGACACAGCUGAAAUGCGAGAGAGAAAUAAUCAUAUGCUGAACGAAUUCGAAGGGAAUCUGAUGCCCUACCUCAUCAGUGCCCAUUUCGACUAUUACUUCUACAAUUAUAUUGGAAUAAGAAUAGUACGAAUCUCAAUUCAUCCAUCCAUACAGAACCUAAACUAUGGUUCGAACUUCCUGAACAAGCUUUUCCAUUAUUACAAUCUUUACAAUGCAAAGGGAAGAAAAGAAAGUGUGCCUUACAGGGAGAACGUCAUUUUCUACAAUUGCAGUGUGGGAAAUCAGGGCGAAAAUCGAGGUCAAAGUCAAAGUGGACGAACCAACGAAAGUGGGGGACACAUAUUCCUAGAUGACAAGUUGAAGAAAGUAGAUUACAUUGGCACCUGCUUCGGGCUGACAAAGGGGCUUCUCAUCUUUUGGCAGAAAAAUAAUUUCAUACCCGUAUUCUUAAAGCAACAGAGGAACGAAAUAACAGGAGAAUUUAGCAUACUCAUGCUGAAGCAUAUCAAUCAGGAGUUAAAGAACAUUUUCACAAACUUUUACCUGGAUUUUGUAAGAACAUUUUGUAAUUUAUUACCAUAUGCAUUCAAUAAAUUGGAAUCUUUUGUCGUUUUCAAUUUGUUGCACAACAAUUCAAUCAUCUUGAGUAAUCCCACGCAAGAGGAGCUUUUAUUAUCGAGGGAGCAGGGAGCAGUUGCAAAGGGGGACGAUCAAAAAUCAAUAAUAAAUGGACGAAGAUCUGAAGCCACAUAUAAAGAAGAAGAAAGUGAAGACUACGGAUGCUUCUAUGACAACGAUUUGUUAAAGAAGGAAAAUUUAUUCUACUUCUUUCACCCAAAUGAUAUAUGCAGGCUAAAGCGGUUCGUCAUGGAAUCAAAACCAAUUUGUGAUAUCUUGCAUCUAAUGAAUGCAAUCGCGAACUUAAUUCUUUUCAGGAAAGUACCCAUUGAUCUUACUUUUUUAGAAUACACAAUUCUGUAUGCUGUAUCCUUCCAGAAGAAGAGCUGUCAAGAGAUUUCUCUCGAAAUAAGUAUCAACGUGAAUCAAACCGGUGCUGUCUUGAGGAAGAUUAUCCACAGGUUCUACACCUUCUUGAAGGAUGUAAUGCAAAAGGAAAUAGAAAAACAAGUGGACGCUCAAUUCAACCAAAAGAUGCAGAAAAAGAAAAAACGAGCUCAACAAGUAGAAUUCCCAUCAGAUGAAUAUACGGAAGAGUUAGAGAAAAAUACAAAAGCAAUAAAAAAAAAACACAAAAAGGAGAAAUUAACUCUCAUGCGUGAAUUUAAUUUUACCGAAAUUCCAAAAAGAAAACAAAUCAAUGUCAAGACAAACGACGAUACAGAUAUCUCCCCGGAGGACAGUGCCAUCAACUGA